GAGAACGGAGACGAAUCUGAGCAUUGCGCCUCGGCGGUCCAGCGGUCAAACAACACUAAUAUAUACACAACGUCCGUUUGUUUAUUAGAUCAGUUAUCGAAAUGCCGAAAUUCACCUUCGUAUUAGUGAUCGUGGCUCUGGCCGUCAGCGUACAAGGUUUCCCGACGUUCGAGGAUGACGUUGCAGCCGCGGCGGCGUCCGGCAACUGGGCUAAAGUACAUGAGAUCUUGAGAAAGAACUUCGCUUCAUCCUUCGGGCACAACACGAUGACAGAUGUCCGAAGCCUGAAGCCGCAGAACGGCGGCCACGUGUUCGCAGAGGCGAAGUCCACCUUUGAGCACUCGUCCAACAAGAAUGGCAUGUCCAGCCACGAGCGAGGCGGCCACGAGGUCGUGAACAACGACGGCAAGGUCACCGAAUGGGACCUGAAUUAAACCUUAACUCCAAGGCACAGAGACCUAUUUGCACUAACAUCGCACUUCGCGAAUAGAAUAAGCGAGGCUGUUGGAGUGGUUUCAAUAUAUUGAAAUAGAUGGCGCUGCACAGUGAUAUAGCUUAUCUAACGCAAAAGUUUGACAAGUUGGUGUAAAAUAGGUAUUACGGUUCAUUCUGUACGAUGUUUCGCAACGCUAUCUAGUUCAGCUACCGAAAUCACUAACGUCCAUGCUGUCCAUAAGUCCAUUUUGUCAAUGGUAUUGUGAUAUUGUGUAUGUAGUUGUGAAGAAGUAAAUCAAAGAUUUCGAGUUUGAAAUUAUUUACUAAAUAAAGCAUUGCUGCUACACUAAAACACAAGCUCGCUUAUUUACACGCAAUGCUCGCUUGUUUUAGUUAGACCAUAUUCGAGACCAUUUAGAACAACUUUGGUUUAGGAUUGCACUUUACUUUUAGAUGGAAUUUUAUUGCGUAGAUACGUACGAAUGGUUAGAAUAAUGUAGUGGAUACACAUAUAACUAGUUACGAUACAAUGCUUAAUUUCAUCUCAAAACAAACGACU